AUGUCUGAUACAAUUUCAAUAACCAUUAAGUCUUCAGGGGACACUAAGUAUGAGGUUACAGUAUCACCAACAAUAACAGUUCUCGAAUUAAAGAAUGAAAUCGCAGAUAAGUCAUCCGUUCCAGCAGAUCGCCAGAGAUUGAUUUACUCAGGAAAAGUUUUGAAAGAUACAGAGACAGUUGCAUCGUACAAGGUACAGACUGGACAUACGAUCCAUCUUGUUAAAAGUGCUGGUCCUAAGACAAAUAAUACAGACAACGGAGGAGCCGCCGCCUCCACAGAUGCUACGAGGAACGAGAGCGAAUCGAGCGGUAAUAACAGUGGCGUUCCAUCAAAUAUUGCAGCAGGCCAAGGUUCAUUUAACCCAUUAGCAGAUUUAACUGGGGCACGUUAUGCUGGUUACACCCAAUUGCCUUCAGCAUCAAUGUUUGGGCCAGAUGGGGGUAUGAAUUCCGGUAUGCCAGAUCCAGAACAGAUGUCGGAAAUGAUGUCCAAUCCUAUGUUCCAAGAAAGCAUGAAUGCAAUGUUGUCAAAUCCUCAAAUGUUAGAUUAUAUGAUAAAUCAAUCUCCUCAGUUAAGGGCUAUGGGUCCACAGGCGAGAGAAAUGUUGCAAAGUCCACUUUUCAGACAAAUGAUGUCGAAUCCAGAAAUGAUGAGAUCCAUGAUGCAAAUGGGUAGAGGUGGAGCUGGUGGAGCGGGUGGCUUCCCAGGAUUUGGGGGUCAAGGGGGAGCUGAUGCUUUCCCUGCACCAGGUGCUAACCCUACUGUCGAUUCUAACGCCGAUGCUGAUGCCACUGGUGCCACCAACGAAAACGCAAAUGCAAGUACAAAUGCACCUGCUAAUCCAUUUGCUUCUAUGUUUCCUGGAGGAAUGCCACCAAUGGAUCCGUUCGCUUUACUAGGUGGAGCUGGUGGCGCUGGUGCAGGUCAAGCUGCUCCUCAAGAUAAUCGCCCACCUGAAGAAAGAUACGAAGAGCAAUUAAGGCAAUUAAACGACAUGGGCUUUUUUGACUUUGAUAGAAAUGUUGCUGCUUUGAGAAGAAGUGGAGGCAGUGUUCAAGGGGCUGUUGAAUAUCUUUUGUCAAGUAUUUAG